AGUUUAGACAUGGCCUGAGCCUGUAGAGAUCCCAAGACAAUGACCUGAGAGAGAGAAUUGCUUUGGGUCUAAUCAAUCCAAUGAUACUGUCUGCAUCUGCAGAAAACCUGAGCCGAUUGCUUGGAGCAGUGUAACUGAUGCAGUGACUCUGGUUGAGACUACAGGGAGACUGAGCUAAUUGCUCCGAGCAAGGGGAACUGCUCUGUGCAUCUCAGGGUGGGUGUUAAUUACCAACCCCCAGAAGAGGUGUCUGUGGGGCAGAUGCAGCUGGGGUCAGCUCCUCCAUUCCUGCAGACACCCUGGCUGCUGGGCCAAGUGUUGAGGGAUCUCUGCCACCAACAAGCCAAGUGGGGAUGGGGCCAUGAUGCAGUGACAAGGCUUUAGGCACAGCCAUAGGGUGCUGACCCUGAGGGGUCCCCAAAGCCUCUCGAUAGAAACCACCUCUCCCAGAGCUGCCCCCAAUAGAAAGUACUGCCCCCAAAACACCGAAACCACCUUCUCUGGAGCUGUGCCCCAAGCCCCUCCCACCAUAGACACCACCCUAGGUGCCUCCCCCACCACUAGAAACUGCCAUCCCUGCAGCAGGCACUCCCUCCAAUAGAAAUCACCUCUCCCCCACCCCAUAGCAACUGCUUCCUGGAAAGGACUCGACCCAUAGCAACCACCUUUCCUUUAGCCAACAACCAUCACUUCUGUAGUCCCCGCCGCAUAGGAACUACCUUCCCCAGGGUGCUUUGCGACUUGCGAGAGCCUGGAUAUUUCCCACGGUGCCUUGCAGGGGAAACCACACAAAGGGGCCAGGCUGCGAUCUCCCUUCUUAGCCCUCUGCUGUUGCUGCAGGACCCCCCCAGCCACUGCCUGCAUCCUCCUCUCGUGCCCUGUGGAGAGCCAGGGUCAUUGUCACAGAGAUGGCGUGCGCAGCUGGGUGAGGGAUCCUGCUGUGAAUCAAGAGUUGGGCUAAACCACCCCCAUGAGCACAGGUCUUCUCAUACAGCAGGGCUAACGGCCCCUGACCCAGAUGGAACCAGGGGAGGAGACCAGUGUCCCAGAUCCCCAGGGCUCAGAGGAAAUGGAGGUUGGAGCAGAUGACAGUGCUGCCUGUCUCCCGGAGGAGGAGGAUUCCAACCAGGAAGGCCCUGAGAUGGUGCCAUCCCACAAGAUAUGGCCAGGGGUCUCCAAGGGUGACGUCUCGCCCGGCUCCCCAUGGGACAUGGCUGACCAGAGCCCGGACAUUGGGGCACAGGCACCAGAUGACUCUGUUGACCUGGAGCAGGGGCUGGAGGAGUUUGGCGACAUCAUUGUGCACCGAGUGACACAGAUGGGCGUGAAGCCAUGCCGCUACAUCGAGGGGGGGCGCAGCUACGAGCUGAGCCCCGGGCUGGCCCGCCGGCUGCUGCGGCUCGACGAGAAGCCGUACGAGUGCAACGAGUGUGGCAAGAGCUUCAACCAGAGCUCCAACUUGCACCGGCACCAGCGCACGCACACUGGCGAGCGCCCCUACUGCUGCCCGGCCUGCGGCAAGGCCUUCAGCCGCCGCUCCAAUCUGGCACAGCACCAGCGCAUCCACACUGGCGAACGCCCCUUCCACUGCGGCGACUGUGGCAAGAGCUUCAGCGAGAGCUCCUACCUGAUCCGGCACCAGCGCACCCACACCGGCGAGCGCCCCUACAAGUGCCCAGCCUGCGGCAAGGCCUUCUCCCGCAGCUCCCACCUGGCACGACACCAGCGCACCCACACUGGCGAGCGCCCCUACCUCUGCACCGACUGUGGCAAACGCUUCGGGCUCAGCUCCGACCUGGCCACGCACCGCCGCACCCACACAGGCGAGAAGCCUUUCCGCUGCACCGACUGUGGCAAGGCCUUCUCCCGCAGCUCCCACCUGGUGCAGCACCAGCGCACCCACACCGGGGAGCGCCCCUACCGCUGCGUCCAGUGCGGCAAGAGCUUCUGCCAUGGCUCCAACCUGCUGCAGCACCAACGCACGCACCGGGGCGAGCGCCCCUACCGGUGCCAGCAGUGCGGCAAGGCCUUCAGCCUCAGCUCCAACCUGAUCCGCCACCAGCGCAUCCAUACAGGCGAGCGCCCCUACCGCUGCACUGACUGCGGGCGCAGCUUCGUGCUGAGCUCUGACCUCCUGCAGCACCACCGCGUGCACACGGGCGAGCGUCCCUACCAGUGCCCUGACUGUGGCAAGGCCUUCUCCCGUGCCGCCCACCUGGCCCAGCACCGCCGCACCCACACAGGCGAGCGCCCCUACCACUGCCAGCACUGCGGCAAGAGCUUCAGCCAUGGCUCCAACUUCAUCAAGCACCAGAGCACCCACCUGCAUGGCUGGCAGCCCUGCUGGCCCCUUAAGGAAGGCGAGGAGGGCCCCCAGGAUGAUGGGGCCGGCAAGGAGGUGGAGGAGGGGCAGGCACAGCCUUAAAGUGUGGCGGUGCUUGGAGCACAAGACCUGCUACACAGGAGAAUCCAUCAUUGCCAGCCUCUAGCCAGAUCACUUGGAUGGAGUGAGAACCUAUUAAACAUCACAGAACCCUGCCCUGUACAGAACUGGGAACCCACCUCUGGCCUCAUAGCCAGGCAUCCAGGAUGGAGUUGGGAAUCCAGCCUUGUAGCCAGGUGUCCCGGACAGAGCCAGGAACCCACCCCUGGCCUUGAAGCCAGGUGUCCAGGACGGAGUUAUGAACUCAGCCUUGUAGCCGGGUGUCCUGGACAGAGAUGGGAACCUGUUUAAUGUUGCAGACCCUACUGUUGCUUUACAGGCCACCUCACUUAGCACCCACAAUGCAUCACACAUCAGACUAUGCUGCAACAGGGUUCGUAGCCACCUGGCCCAACUCUCCCAGCCUAUCAAGCAUCCAGCAACUCAACACUGGCUCCCGCACAGCCAUUUGGGCUUAUUUAAAUUGCCCUGGUUUGAUGUAAAUUGGUUUAGAAGCCAGUUUUUAGGCCCAGUGUAAACACGGUGCCAGUGACCUGCAGGUGAGACCAGCCAAACCCUGGUGUGAUCCCAGCCAUCUGCAAAUCCAGCUCCCAUCUGUGCCAAGGCGCUGAGUCCAGGAUGAGGGUCUCUGCUUUGCCUGGAGGAUACUUCAGAGAGUGGAGGACUCAAAUCUCACAAAGGCCAAGUGAAAUUCAGCAGGCAAGAGCCACCCUGGGUCAAUUCAGACUAGCAAUGAAGGGCAAAUGUUUGUCAGGAUGGGGAGAUUCCCCAGCAGGGCAGCGCCUUCUGGAACGGUGGGAGGAAUGCCCCAUCCCUUGGGGGCACUACAUCCAGGCCAAAUGUCUCUAAAGGUUGUGCUCUGGCUCCAGCACCGAUCUAGGCUAGGCGCAGGAAUGGCUGCAGGUGAACCUCCAGCCUAUGUGAUACAGGGAGGCAGGCUGGGGGAUGGGUAUGGUCCCUUCUCUCCUGUUAUCUGCAGUGGCAUUCCCACAUGUGCCCAGCUGUACAGAGGGAGGCUCUUGUGAAUCAGGGUCUUAGAAGUUGGAUCUGGGCCCUUGUGUUUGCAGCAUCCCACAUAGAAUCAUAGGACUGGAAGAGACCUCGAAAGGUCAUCUAGUUCACUCCCCUGCACUCAUCUUCUUUCCGGUCACAUUUCCUCCCCUUCUCCCAGGGUUGAGCUUGGUUCAUGCUCAGACGAGACACUCGCAAGUAAAGCCCAAAGAAUUCCCAAGGAUGGGGACGGUGCUCCCAGAAAAUCCAGCCAGCCAGAUGCCUCCAGAUGAGGUGCUACUAACAUUGCCUUCCCCCGUGUGGCUACUCCAGAGAAGGCUGCUAGCUUAGAAACACACUGAUGGCUGGGCUGGAUGCAGGAAUCGGGUGAGGUUCUGUGCUAUGCGGCAGGUCGGACAGGUGAUCACCGUAGUGUCUUCUGGCCUUAGGCUGUACACCCUUGUUCUAUUCUGUCCUUUAACCCAAUCUGUGCUGCUUCCACCCCUGGUUCCUGGGUCUUGCCCAGUUCUCUGGUAUCUUGCCAGCACUCUAGCUUCCUCUGGUGAUGGAAGAAACCCCUCAUUUCUGCAUUGUAACACUUCUAGGGAGUGAUCCUUAGCUCAUCAAGGGCUCCGUUAUCGCUGAACGAUCUCUCCAGAACCACUCUCCUUCUCAGUCUAAUCCUCAAGAUGCAUGUUGCAAAGGUACAGAUGACAGUCAUUGGCUGUGCUCUUCCAGUCUGGCUUGGGGGAUGAUCAAAUCUACCCCCUGUUUGGAGGAGCUCUGCGCAGAGGCCAUUGCUGUUUCCUAAAGGCAUCUUGCAAGGUGGGCUUGGGGUUGAACUUUAGCAGGAUGAGCAGCUUCUGGCCUGUCCCGCAGUGGGAACACUGGGAAGUGUAGCAGACAGCUAACCCAAAAUCUCGUGUUGCAGCACUGCCAUGGUCUGGGGUGCCAAUAAAACACGUCAGAACAUUUCAGUACAACAGCUUUCCUUAGCUCUGAGCCAUCCCAUGGAGCAGGCAGACCCAGCACAAACUCCCCCUGCCCUCCUAGAAUCUCAGUCUGUUGGUUGAACGGUUGGAAAUCUCAAGCCAUAUGUGUCAACCUCCAGCCUGGCUCUUGAGCAGGGCCAUCUCCUCUUUUGUGUAGAUGUUUCAAAGCUGCCAAAGGGAUUUGGAUGCCCAUGAGAGAGUGGUGUUACCUCUCUGUAUGGCAUAGGUGAGACUGCCAAUGGGACAGCAUAUCCAGGCCAGGGAUUAGAAAAAUUGAAAAGGGCUCAGGACAGAGCCAUGAGGAUGUUUGAAGGGUGGGGAAACGUGCCUUGAGAAGCUCAGCCAGUUUAACUUAGUGAUGCCAAGGCUAACGGGUGAUUUGAUCCCAGUCUGUCAGUCCGUUCAGUGGGAGAUUGCUGACUGUCAAGGGUGUGAGAAUCUCCCAGACACAUGCCCACCAGGGCUGGGAGCUGAUGCCACACAAAUUAACACUGGCAGUAAGGGGCAAGUAUUUCCCAGGAAGGGGCUUCCCCCAGUAAAUGAAUUGACCUGCAGAGGGGGAGAGAAGAUUCUCCAUUGCUUGGAGUAUUUAGUCUAGAUGGGUUGUCUCUUGAGAAGCAGCACUCUGGCUCAGCCCAAGGGAUGACCUGAAUGGAAGGACCUCUGCAGGAGAUACUAGGUAGGUGCUAUGCAGGUGGAACUAGACUAUCAUAAAAUGGCCUUACAAUGGGAAUGUGGUGCUUAAAUGCCAGUGGUGGCUUUGAAAAUCCUAGGCCCAGCUUGUGUGUUUGGAAGCAAGGGGCAGGCAAGGUGGGUGAAUUUUCUAGUCCUGCUUCAGUACACUGCCAACCUUGCUGGUUUUCUUCAUUACAUUUGUUACCAAGCAGCAUUGUGAAGGCAUGACAGUGACUCCACAGCAAUGGCUGGAGGUUCUCCCUAUGAACUACCUAAACUGCUGUGGGAGCAGUCAAGGAGGAUAAAGACAUUGCUGACAUGCUAUCUUCCUUUCCCCCAGCCUUCUGCACAGAGGAUGCUGAGAGAUACCUGCUCUUCGGUGGUAACAAAGAUAUGGUGCUACCAGGGACUGAGGUGUCAGAAGAUGCAGUGCUGGAACCAGUUUGAUAGCAAGACAGCCAAGAGUUAACAAGAAAGAAGUAGAUGAGAUAUUUUUGGGAGCAUCUCCUUAUUAACAGCUGCUCUAUGAGAUGGUAACAAAUUUUGUGUCUAUUUAAAAAAGCUCCAGGGAAUCUUACUUCAUACCUCACUAAACUGUUUGGAAGAAACACUAUCAACAAAGCCCUCAACAUUGGUGGUCAGAAGAGCUCUAACUGACCCGGAAGGUCAGACUGGGCUCGUGUAUUAGACUUCUUGGAGCAUGUCUCCAAGCUAAAUCAGCUCCUAGCAUUCAUUUGAACUCACAAAGGCCCUAGCAGCGUCCCUCCCAAGAGUGAGGAAGGUAGAAAGAAGCGGGGAGGGGAGAGAGAGAGAAAAACUUUUGCCAUCUACCAGAAACUUGCUAGGACGCAGGAAACAAUCGGUAGCAUUAAAUACACGGUCUGCUUUCAUCGUGGUGAAAGAUUCAGAGCAGAGCCUGCCAGGUUUCACACCAGGCCAGUGUUUGACAUAGUUAAUGAUCAGGAAGUAGGGGGUUAGCAGUGAAAUGGCUAAAUGUGGAGGUGCAAUAUGGUGGUCUGUAGACGAUGCCAAGUAGUGGCCCACCUGGUCCUUUAUCAGUUAGGAUGCUGAUCUGUGGGCAUUCAUGGCCUCUUGCUUCCAUGUUGUCAGUGACUCAGGAGCAGAUCAUAUUUUUGAGAGUGCUGCUCCCCUGACAUCCACCUGACCCUUCCUAAAUAGGUUAAGUCCAGUGAUAUUUAACAUUCCGAUCACGCAAAUCAUCUCAGCAGGUUUCAGAAAUACCCACUGGGGCAAAUUAUUACUCAUUGCCCAAGUUUCUCUUGUUUAUUACCCAGGCUCCUAGCAUCGUUGUAGAGGCGAUUAAAGAAUUGUUUUUCUUCCG